UCUCUUCUCUCUCUCUAGAAAUAUAUAUAUACAUAUAAUAAUAUAUAUAUAUACACACAACACUCUCUCUUCUCAUAACUAAAAACCAGCUAUUCUUCUCUCUCUCAUCACCACUUGCACUUGCAGCAACGAAUAACCUUUCUUCUCCAAAAAGAUGGUGACUUUGAAAGCUACCCACACCGUCCGGCCAUCGGAGCCGACGCCGGAGGAGAUUAUGUACCUGAACGCCUCCGAUCAAAUCAAAGACAUAACCCACACGCCGACCAUCUACUUCUACAGGCACUCCCCUUCUCUCGACGCCGCCGGAGAUGCCGUUUCCAGGCUGAGAGACUCCCUCAGCAAAGCGUUGGUCCUGUUCUACCCGCUCGCCGGGCGGCUGAACUGGGCGGCGGAGGGCGGCAGCAGGGUCGAGCUCCACUGCAACGGCAAAGGCGUCCCGAUUUUCGAGGCCGAGUCGGAGGCCGCGGUGGAGGAUUUCGGCGACUUCACUCCCACUCCGGCGAUCCAGGCCUUGAUCCCGUCGGUGGAUUACACCACCCCGAUCGACGAGAUCCCGAUGGUGAUUGUGCAGCUGACGAGGUUCAGCUGCGGCGGCGUUAGCAUCGGGCUCGGAAUAUCCCAUGUGAUGGCUGACGGGCCGAGCGCUCUUCAUUUUGUGGACGAGUGGGCCAAGAUAGCCCGAUCCAUGGGGCCCAUCGUCCCGCCGUUUCUGGACCGGACGGUUCUGGAAAACGGUUCUCCGCCGGCGAAACCCUUCGACCCGGCGGUUCUCCGGCCGCCGCCAACCCUGAUCGGCCAGGAGGACAACAUGGAGCAGAGGAAGAAGCCAAUCACCGUGGCCUUCCUCAACCUCACCAAACUCCAAAUCGAGAAGCUCCGCAACAAAGUCAACCUCGACUCCGACAAAAACAACUCCGGCGGCGGCCGCGGCUACAGCCGAUUCGAAGCCGUCGCCGCCCACAUCUGGCGGUGCACAAGCAAAGCCCGCGGCCACGUCAGCGACCAGCAAACAAGCCUCCACUUCGUCGCCGACUUCCGCAACAAACUCCAACCACCCCUCCCGAAGAACUUCUUCGGCAACGCGCUGAUCCGCGUCGAAGCAACCGACACCUCCGGCAGCCUCCUGUCAAACACCAUCGGCGCCGCCGCCAAGAAAAUCCGAGAAGCCGUCGAAAAGGUCACCGACGAGACGGUCAGGGCUUACCUGGAGUACCUGAAAGGUCUGCCGGACGUGGGCCGGUUCAGGUCACUAGACAACUCGGGCCGGCCGAAGGGAGACUUCUACGGAAACCCGAACCUUGCUAUCAUAAGCUGGACGGCGCUGCCGCUAUACGGCGCCGAUUUCGGGUGGGGGAAAGAGAUUCACAUGGGGCCCGGUUCAAUGGGGUUCGACGGGAAAACAUUCCUUAUACCCAGCCAUGAAGGAGACGGUUCAUUCAAUAUUGCCAUUUGGUUGCAAGAAGAACAUAUUUCCGCCUUCAAGAAAUGCCUUUACAAUGAUAUUUAAUUAAUUAAUUAUUAAUUAUUAUUAUUAUUAGUUAUUACAGUUUUUUUUUUUCUCUGGUUCAACUGUGGGAGAAGAAGAUGCUGUUUUUUAUUAUUAUUAUUUUUUAUUUUUGAAUUUUUUUUGGGGGGGUUUUUUAGAUCUGCAGCUGUGUACUUUUAUUAGUUAUGAAUUUAAAUGGCCUUUUUUACGAUAAAAAGAACUUGAUAAUUAGUUAUGCUUUUUAUUUAUUUAUGUGUUGCCUGGUUAAUUAAAUAUUUAAUUUGGUCCUUUUGUCUUGGACAAAGUUGUUGUAACGUGUAAUUGAAAUAGUUUUGGUUCACU